GCGGAAACGCAAAGCUGCUGUGUAAUUGUGCUGUUUAGACUUCGUGAGGAGCAGUUUACACAGCUUCAAUAUGCCGGAUUAUUUAGGAGACGACCAAAGAAAGACAAAGGAGGAGGAAAAAGAUGACGGACCUAUCAGAGCUUUGGAUGAAGGAGACAUCGCUCUGCUGAAAACUUAUGGUCAGAGCACCUACUCCAGACAGAUCAAACAGGUCGAAGAUGACAUCCAGCAGCUGCUCAAGAAGAUCAAUGAGCUGACAGGCAUUAAGGAGUCAGACACUGGCCUGGCCCCACCAGCUCUCUGGGAUCUGGCUGCUGACAAACAGACUCUGCAGAGUGAACAGCCUCUGCAGGUGGCAAGAUGCACAAAGAUCAUCAAUGCAGACUCAGAGGACCCCAAAUACAUCAUCAACGUCAAACAGUUCGCCAAGUUCGUGGUGGACCUGAGCGACCAGGUGGCCCCCACUGACAUCGAGGAGGGCAUGAGAGUCGGCGUGGACAGAAACAAGUACCAGAUCCACAUUCCUCUGCCUCCCAAAAUUGAUCCAACUGUCACCAUGAUGCAGGUGGAGGAGAAGCCUGAUGUGACCUACAGUGAUGUCGGUGGAUGUAAAGAGCAGAUUGAGAAGCUGAGAGAAGUGGUGGAGACCCCUCUGCUCCAUCCCGAGAGGUUCGUCAAUCUGGGUAUCGAGCCACCGAAAGGCGUGCUGCUGUUCGGGCCACCCGGCACCGGAAAGACUCUGUGCGCCCGAGCCGUAGCCAACCGCACAGAUGCCUGCUUCAUCAGAGUCAUCGGAUCUGAGCUGGUGCAGAAAUACGUGGGAGAGGGAGCCAGGAUGGUGCGUGAGCUGUUUGAGAUGGCCAGGACUAAGAAGGCCUGUCUCAUCUUCUUUGAUGAAAUUGACGCCAUCGGAGGCGCUCGUUUCGAUGAUGGCGCUGGCGGAGACAAUGAGGUCCAGAGAACCAUGUUGGAGCUCAUCAACCAGCUGGACGGCUUCGACCCUCGAGGCAACAUCAAAGUGCUGAUGGCCACCAACAGACCAGACACACUGGACCCGGCCCUGAUGAGACCCGGGCGUCUGGACAGGAAGAUCGAGUUCAGCCUGCCCGAUCUGGAGGGUCGCACACACAUCUUCAAGAUCCACGCCCGCUCUAUGAGUGUGGAGAGAGACAUUCGCUUCGAGCUGCUGGCUCGUCUUUGUCCCAACAGCACCGGUGCCGAGAUCCGCAGCGUGUGCACGGAGGCGGGCAUGUUCGCCAUCAGAGCUCGCAGGAAGAUCGCCACAGAGAAAGACUUCCUGGAGGCUGUCAACAAGGUCAUCAAGUCCUACGCCAAGUUCAGCGCCACCCCCAGAUACAUGACCUACAACUAAAAGUGUGUGUGUGUGAGAGUGUGUGUGUCUCCUCUUUGGCUUUUACUUUACAAAGAAGCGGAGUCAAAACAAACAAACCAUAUUGUCCUUUUUUGCUGUCAUCUGUUCACUUAAAAAUAAAGUUUAUUCCAGAUCGGAA